GAAACGUUCAAUGUGCGCGAGGCCGACGCGCGGCACGCUCGUAACGGCCGCAAAUGUACGCGGCGGUCGCCGCGGGGUCGGUGUCGCCACCGCGACCGUGGCAAAAAAAUGUCAGGCGUCGGCUCGCCGCCCGAAGGACCCGUGAACGGUGAGAGCGACAUCGGCGCCGCCGCCGCCGCCACCGGCGCUGUCGGCGGCGUUAAAGACGGAACACGAGAAGGGAGCGGUGACGGUGGCGGCGGCGGCGGCGAAAGAGGAAGGGAAGGAGGAGAAGGAAAUGUCCCUGGUGUCGGUUUUUGUGACGGGGGUGAUGGUAACGGCGGUCGUGGUGUCGUCGCGACCGUCGUUACCGACGGCGUUAUCGAUAAUAUUUCGGACGAUGCUCGCGACGUGACGUUGUCCGACGCCCGUGGCACCGCGCCAGUGAGUUUCUGCCGCGAGGCAACGGCGUCGCGUACCUGUGGCGGCGGUGGUCGCUGUCGCGAUACGUACGUUGCCAACGUAUUGUUCCCGGUGACGACGCGCGCGCCCAACGGCAAUGGCAACGGUGACGAUGCCAUUGCCGCCGUGACGACGAACCGUCGCGGAUUUGCGCCGAGCAGCGUCGAGUCGACGACGACGACGACGACGCCACCGGACGCCGGUAGCACCGACGCGAGAGCAGUUGGCAGAAGCAUCGGCAGCAGCAGUGGUGGUAGCACCGCGACCGCUGCCGUCGUCAUCGUCGACGACGUACCAUUGUUGUUCCGCGACAAAAACGACGACGGCGAGAACGGCGAGAAUCAUCGUCGCCCUCCGUAUCGCGGCAACAUGGUCGCGGCGAUGAACGAGCACCCGUCUAGCACGACGACGACGACGACGACGACGUCGUCACUGUUGGCGGUGAAUGCCGUUCGCAACACCGUCCCGAUAUCGUCGUCUCCGGCAAUCAUGACAACAACCACUACGCUUGCAAGCGGCAAUAAUAAUAAUACUAAUAACAAUAAUCCUACAUCAACGAUGACAAUGAGCAACGCGACCAUCGGAAGUGGCGCAAACAACAAUAGCAGCAAUAAUUGCAACAACGUGCGCAACCAAGAGUUCCAGGAGAUGGACGGUGAGGAUGGAGGCACGACUGCCACGACCACCACCACCGCCGCCGCCGGCAUUCUGAAUUUUCCCUGCGACUUCGAUCACAUGUACGCCAGCAUGACCGACGGUGGGGCACCAGCUGCCGCCGCCGCUGCUGCCGCCACGGCCACCGCGACCGCGGUCCUGGGUGCCAGUCCACUGCGUGGCAACGAACCCCGUCAAAACGAUUUCGCCGAGGUGAAACACCUGAAGGAACUGCUAUUGCUCCACCUCGAUCUCAUCCAGCAGCAGUCCGAGCAAAUCGUCACCAAGGACAAACUUCUCGCCGCACUGCGCCAGGAGAACGAGACGUUGAAGCUGCGUUUGGAGCGUAUGGAAAGGCGCGUCAAUCUCCAAAAGCUCAAGUCCGAGUGUAACGAGAAUUCCACCGCUACGGAGCAUCUGGGCACUUGCUCGCCUACCAGUCUCAAUUCGGUCAACGUGCCGUCGACCAGCGAGCUACACAGGAGCGUUCAGUGCGAGAGCGGUAACACCUUACACGAGAGCUUCAAGAUACGUUUAAACACCAGUGGCGGUAUCACUACUGUCAAGCAGGAACCGCAUGAUCAAAGUAAGCACGAGAUCAAGCAAGAGAUCAAUAGCGAGACGACGAGGUUCGAGUGGGAAGAGAAGAAGAAGAGACGAUCGGACCCAACUUCCGUGUCCGCCGGUAGUAAAAAGAAAAGAGGACUCUCCUGCUCGUCCACCGUUAGUGUCGAUGCCGGCAUAGACGCGAGACAGGACAAGGUGUUGAGUCAGACUUUGCACGAGGCUGGCAAGAAGGGUGACAGGAAAGUCAAGUCUCUUACCAAGAAGGAAUCCUUUCUCACGACGGAGGAGCAUUAUUACACGGCUAUAGGAGAUCCGAAUUAUACGUUAAGUCUGAAACAAUCCAGUCCAGUAGAAACAAAUAGUUCCCUAGAAGUUCCAAAUUGGAGGGUAAAGAUAUACACGAGUUGUUACACGAUGGAGGGAACCGAGAACUUGGACGAUGAAAUUUUUAACAAGAGACACUUGAAAUUAGAGAACGAUGAGAGGAGGAGAAAGCGAUGGGACGUACAGAGGAUAAGGGAACAGAGGCAUAUAGAGAAGUUGAAGCAAAGGCAGGAGCGUCAGAAUCAUCAAGCCACGUGUUACAACACCAACCACACUGGUCCUUGUCCUUCGUCCAUGGAGGAGGAAACUAUAACGUCCUUGUGGCCUGACAUUGAACAGAUUCAAAGUCUCCAAGUGGAUCCUCAUUUGCCAGUAACUGCAUUUGGCGCUGCUAUUCCUAAUUUUACUCCAAGUGAAUUUUCUCUACCCUGGUCGAAUACAAUGCGAAUAAAGUGUCGACGUCCUAAGCGUUCAACAGGUAGAAGAAAAUCUACAGGAAGACUGUGGUAUUACGAGCAUAAGGGAUCAAUGCGAAUGAUAACACGAGCGAAUGAAAAUUAUUUUCGCGUAUCUCAAUUUGUGGUGUAGUGUCACUUAAUUUUCAAGCAAUGUCUAAUGUUGUAACACGAGUCUCACCUUAAGUAAACGAGAAACGACUCGUAUACAUCCUGACAUGUAUUUAUAUUCUGUGAGUAUUCUGCAGGAAUAGUAUUAUAAUAUAUAUUAACCGUCCGCGAAGACUGUUGGUAAUUCAUGAACAAAACGACAUUUGACGAUUGGUGUUAUACGACAUACGAUACCAUGUAAUUAUCGCUAUCAUGUAAAUGACACUUUUUCUAUUUGUCGGAAUAACCGAUUAUUUCUUAGUUUAGCUACGGUUACGAUGCGGUGUGCGACUGUGAAAGGAUAAUAUAUAAAUUAUUAUUUUCUAUCGUACAUGUCAAAACGAGGGAAUUUCGCUGCGUGUCGGCAGAUGUACCGUGCGUCGAAAGUUGUAUAAAAAUCUCCAAGCGGGACGGAUGGAGAAACAGCCUCUCCAAUGUCACGUCUGCCUUAAACGUCCUGCUAUGUAAUAUAACAUCGAAUACAUAUUAGAAAUAAAAGACAAUGAAUCGAU